AUGACAACCCCAGAUGUCUUUCGAGAUGCGGAAUACAUCGCUGACGUCUCCGGCUUAUCAUAUGGAAGCGUCGCGGACGUCCCUGGAGGACGGUCGAGCUCCCCCGACCCUCAGGAUGGGCGCAUAAAGAAGCUGCAAUCGGCUGCGAAGGUCGCGCUGAUUGAUAGGCUGCUCCGCGAUCUUGAUAUCUUAAUAUAUUGUCAACUUUCUGCGCUGUAUUAUAUGGAUUGUUCCAUUGUCCUCUUCGCCGUCCGUGCCAUCGUCCAAUUAAUCUUCUUCACCCCUAAAGCCCCCCCGUUCGACCCGACUCGAAACCAGCCCUUCGUCGGCGCCAUAUUCGCCAGCAACUUAUUCUGUAUGACGUUCCACUACUUCUUCGUUCACCCAGACGCCGGGGAGUCCACGCGUGGCUACCUGCACGGCGGAAUCUUGAUUGACUUCAUUGGCCAGAAGGCGCCCGUGCCGGUCGCUCGGCUCCUCUCUUUUGAUAUGUUGGUCAUGCUGCUCCAUCUUAUCAUGCUGGGUCUUAUCGUUGAGCGGGUUAAAACUACCGAGGCAACGGCUGCCGCCACUACCGCUGCCGUAUCGUCGUCGCCGUCGUCGUCUGCGCAAUCGCCUAUCGCCGAGCGAGAUCAGGACCAUGAUUCCGAGGAACGCGGUGUUCUGCGCAACGACAGUAACCGCACCAAUGACACCUCGGGUUCGUCGGAGACAACUAGCCAUGGGCUUGGACUUGAGGACGCUGUUGGAUCCCGGGAAUUGGGGUCCGGGUCCCAGCCUCGACUCGACCUGAACGAGGAGUCCGAACGGGACGAGCUGCUGGCGGAUCCCUCGGAAAGCGGACAUGCCUCUGGUAGUAAGAAUCAUCACCCCGUUGACUCGUUCGCCUCGGGAGAAGCGGUAGUCAUGGAUCUUGGUUUGUUCGACGUGAUUCGAGACCAGUGGCGGUAUAGUCCCGUCGCUGCGAGACGCACCUCUGCAUACGUUCCCUCCGACCAGACGGCGGCUUUUCUGCGACAGCGAUUCGGACUUCAAGUGCGGCCGGACGGACGGCUAGAGAGAAUCGGACUGGGCGGCUCAUGA